CGGUCGGUUUGGAUUCGGUUACGCAUGUGUGACUGUGACGUUGCAAUGCGAUUCACGAGUCGGUCAUUUCUUGAAGUGGUUGCUGUCAAAAGUGUCAUUCAUCAGUCUGCUAGAGUAGAGUUUCGACGGCUAUUGUUUCUAUUGAAGAAAUGAAGUUACAUACACAGAUAUGACAGAGGAGAUUCUCCGGAUUAUGACACCGAAAGGAAGAAAUAUCAUUAACAAAGAAGUUGUUGUUAAUAAAUGAGGCUCUCCGAUUCUUAUGACAGCGAAAGGAGGAAAUCAUUAGUCCAGGGACGGACUCAAAUGAAGAGGAUCGGCAGUAACAAUAACCCUUGAGAUUAUAUUAUAUAUUGCGGACCAACUCUCUCCAUGUCAUUGUGUUCAAUCCUGGGAAAUCAGACGUACCAUCCAGCAACGCCAACCAACCGCAGAUAAAGAAGUUUCGUCUGUUACUGAGACAGGACGAAAGUAUGAUUUUAUAUUGCCGCUAGAGCAUGAUUGUAGAUGGGAAACUUGGUAAUCUUUGGCUUUAGUGCUCUACGAAACACAAUCAGGAUGCCGUUUGGGUGGAUACAAAGGUUGCGGGAUAGGAUCAGUCCCCGAUCUGGAGAAUCGACACCUUCAACAACGCAGGACAUCAUGGAAGGCGUUCCUGAUAAUCUCCAGGAACACUUCAACGUGAUCGUCAAUGCUGUCAACCACGUUGAGAACUCUGCAGACAUCCUCAGUAGUACCUGUCUCAGUGGCAUGGUCUUGGUCAAAGAGACGUCUGGAAACUCUGCUCUUGAUCAGGAGAGGCUCGGUGACCUGAUGGCAGAACGAACGAAUUUCUCCCGUAUGUUUGUAUCGAGUUGGAAAAAGAAGAAACUGUUGCAGAUGUUCAUUGAUGCUUCAGACACUGAUACAUUGGUCAAGGAGGCGCAGCGGUCAUUUGACUUCUACCGGGCUCUGGCAGGAAUCUCCUGGAACUACACCGACGAGUCAGAUGCAAUUUGCCUGAAGCUCGAUGAAGAAGGUGGACUGGCAGUACUGGUUGAUUGGAUGCUGUCCUUUCAGAGCACCAACUUGAAUAAAUGGGCCACAGAGAUAAUCUUCAACGUGCUGAACAUCCUGCACAACUGCUGUAGGAGGAUUGCCGACAUUCGAAGGAGCUAUCGACGGAUCGUCCCUGCGUUGGAGAGGUUGUCCACUUCAGAAGACCUGAUCGUCCAAGCGUGCGCUUUCAUGACUCUCUCCUACAUGGUCGACAAAGAGGAAGCCGACAAGCUCACCACCAAUGCUGCCUGCGUGGACAACCUGCUGUCCCUACUCAAGAAGUCUCUGGAAAACGUCGAGCACAAGAUCCGGAUCACCAGGGAAACCGGUACAGACGCCUUCAGAAGAGGUUUUACUCUGUCUUCCAUUGAGCUCGUUCAGGGUAUCGAGCAACUCGCAAUCAAUGACGAGAACAAACGCCUUAUCGCCGAGACGGAUGGCAUCGCAAUCCUAUCUAGGAUGCUGGAAAUGGAUUGUACAUCUCAAGAGAAAAGGCAUGCGGCCGAAGGUAUCUGGCAGCUUGCGUUUAGGCAGGAGAACAAGGAUAGGUUACGAGAAGAGCACGACGUACUCAAAGAAUUGAUAAACCUGUCGUGUGGACCUGACCCUGCCCUCAAUCGAGCGUGCAAGGGAGCGCUAUUCGAAAUCUACAGCUCCAAACUUCCCGAAGAGGUGACCACACCUAAGACAAGUACAGCCUCACAGACGCCCUCUACGACGACUGAAAAACCAUCGCAGCAUAUCAUGAUAAGCUACAGAUGGGAACAGCCUUCAAAGUCUGUCAUGAGCGAGAUCAAGAACCAGCUGAAAAGCAAGGGUUAUAAUGUGUGGAUGGAUGAAGAUAAAAUGAGUGGCGACAUAAUUGAGAAGAUGGCAAAUGCCGUUGAGAACUCCUACCUAAUCCUUGCUUGCAUCACCGAGGGCUACCAAGAAAGCAAGAAUUGCAGAACAGAAGCUACCUAUGCCUACGACUGCAACAAGCGCAUUGUCCCUGUCAAGGUGAACGAACUUUUCAAGGCGAGAGGCUGGCUGGGAGGUAUAACUGCCGGGAAGAUCUACUACCCUGUCCGUGCUGUAGACGAGGUGCCCGAACAGCUUCCCAGAAUCAUUGAGCUCGAGAUCGAGGAGGAGCUGCAGAAGAAUCCAGAUGCCCAAGCAGGUGCACGAAUCAGCGGCCAAGUUGAAACGGAACCGGAAGUCGAUAGCUGGGAUGCACCAAAAGUCCGCCAGUGGCUCACAUCCAACGGCGUCAGCUCAACAAACGAGAGUCUGCAGAACCUUACAGGGUUGCAAUUGCUGCAGUUGAAGAAGCAGCUCUCAACGGCUCCAGAUACUUUCUACCAAUCAAUGAAAGAAGAUCUGAAGGUCCCCUAUAUGGAGGUACUGUCGCUGGCCGCGGCUCUGGAGAAGCUGUGAAAGGAAUAACCUUGUGAUCAAAACCUCAUGUAUUGUGAAUCCAUGGGCCCGUAAUCCCAAGUCUGGUUUAACCUAUGCCAUGGUCUCUAAUUGAGUUAAAAUAAAGGGAAUUGAAAAAUAUAUAUAACAAAAUAAUGUUUAUAUGUUCCUAAUGUUUUAUUAGGCCCUUUUCUUGUUAGUUAAUGGUAAAGGAGAUCAUUUGUGCUAUUAUUCACAGACAGCUGUGGAUGAUAUGAGUGACAAAUGUGUUGAUUAAUCGAAUCUCUGCUGUUGAAGUUACGUCAGUGUCGCACUUAAACCCGAGUUCAGAGCACGGGCAAUUGAGUUUAUCGCGAUAGAUAUGUGUAUAUACAAAAUGUACUAUCAAGCAAUAAUUUUUAACAUUCAUACGUCAUUAUUUCAAGGAUUGUAAAGACAGUCGAGAAAGAACGGUAAGGUGCCUUAAACUGGUGUUUCUCUUUCUGACCAGAGUUUUGAAAAACAUUCCGUUUUAGCGGGUAGUUUAUAGGAUUAGCUUUUCGAACUCGCUAUUAGCUCCAAUGCUUUAGGUUAAUCAACCAAAUAUUACCAACGGCUUUAGGUAAUCUCUUGUGGGCCUGGUUUUAAAGAAUGUAGUAAGGACGGAAAUGCAUCGACAUUUGGUUCACACAUAGAUGACCAGGGGCCCGUCGUCUUACAAAGAGUUGUGAUUGAUCCGAUCAAUCGCAAUUAUGGAAAGCCAGCAAAGUCAACUUAUAAAAUGCAUGCUUGUUGAUUUUUUUUCUACAGAUGAUUGUACAUUCAAAAAUUCAUUCCUUUCUUGACAAUUUGGUGUACUCUCAUUUAUUUAAAGAGGACGCUUUGCAAAUUUCAUGUAGACAAAAUUAUGACAC